CUUAAACUGUACCGUACACUGUUCAGGGAAGUAAAGCUUGUAUUGUGAAAAGAGAAUUUGUGAGAGCUGAAAUGUUGAUAAAACAGGCUGUGAGUAUGUGUCGUGAAACAUUUGGAAUUAACCAUGCUAAGUAUGCUGACUGCUUGGUGGAUUUCGGGUUUUAUCUGUUGAACAUAGACAGCAUAGCACCAUCUAUGCAGGUUUACCAAAAUGCACUAGAGGUUAGAUUGAACUACUUUGGAGGAGACAAUUUAAGGGUUGCAGUGGCACAUGAGGAUUUAGCCUACUGCAGUUAUGUACUGGAGUACAGUUCAGGACACUUCCAGGAUGCAAAAAAGCAUGCUCUAUCAUCUCUGAGUAUUUGCUCUAAACUGCUCCCAGAGCAACAUCUUCUGCUAGCUUCUCCUAAACGUGUUCUAGCGCUUAUAUUAGAGGAGAUAGCCAUAGAUAAUGAACAGAAUCCGUUGGAGAAGGAUAUGAUGCUGAGGAAAGCUGAAGAACUUCAUCUAUUUGCUCUCAAGAUGUCAAUUUCAUGCUUCGGAGAGAGAAAUGUCCAAACUGCAAAGCACCACGGUAACCUUGGUCGUUUAUAUCAGACCAUGCACAGGUACUCUGCAGCAGAAGAGAUGCAUCUGAAAGCAAUACGGAUAAAGGAAGAUCUGCUUGGACCUGAUGAUUACGAAGUAGCCUUAUCUGUCGGUCAUCUUGCCUCCCUCUACAACUACGACAUGAAGGAGUUUAGUAAAGCAGAACAGCUGUAUAUCAGAAGUAUAAGGAUUGGGAUAAAACUGUUUGGACCCUCCUACUCUGGACUUGAAUACGACUAUAGAGGACUCAUUCAGGUGUACAAUGCUACAGAAAAUCAAGCUAAGUUAGAGGAGUUUAAUAAUGUUCUUGAGAGCUGGUCAAUUCUCAAGGAAGAGAAAGAAGUAGCUGAACAGGAUCAUGGCUCUGUUGUCGAUGUUAAACUCUCUGUAUCUCUGACAGAUCUUUUAAAUAUUGUCACCUCGCUUCCUAGUCUCGCCGCAGGUUCAUGCAGUGGCGCUAGUGUCGUGUCUCGAGGAUUGGCGCCACCAAAAUUGGCGGGAAAAUCCACCACGUGAAAAUGGUGCAUGUUUUUCUUUGUCUCAACACAUUUAACAGAUUUAGACCUUUGAUUGUGAUAAUUGAAGGUUUGUAUGUGGUUUAACUGAAUUGUUUACAAAUUUUAAAAAGGAAGAUCAGAUGCAUAGUUAUGUU